UCUACUUUUCCCAUUUUCAUAUAUAUCCAACCCAAAAUGGCUCUUUCUUCAUAUUCUCUGAUGCUCCUUCUUGCCUUCUCUGUUUCUUCUUUCUUUGCCUACUCGGGACAUGCUCGCGAUUUCUCAAUCGUUGGCUAUUCCCAAGAAGACUUGACAUCCAAUGACAAGCUCAUUGAUCUUUUCGAAUCAUGGAUGUCAAAAUUUGAAAAGGUUUAUGAGAGUGUUGAAGAGAAGUUGCUAAGAUUCGAAAUUUUCAAAGAUAACUUGCUUCAUAUUGAUGAGACUAAUAAGAAGGUUAAAAACUACUGGCUUGGACUCAAUGAGUUUUCAGAUUUGAGCCAUGAGGAGUUCAAGAAUAAGUAUCUAGGAUUGAAGCCUGACUUGUCUAAAAGAAGAGACUGUCCUGAGGAAUUCACUUAUAAGGAUGUUGAGAAUAUUCCCAAGUCUGUGGAUUGGAGAAGGAAAGGAGCUGUUACUAGUGUCAAGAACCAAGGUUCAUGCGGCAGUUGCUGGGCAUUUUCAACAGUAGCCGCAGUAGAAGGCAUAAAUCAGAUUGUUACUGGAAAUUUGACAUCUCUGUCAGAGCAAGAGCUGAUCGAUUGUGACACUACCUAUAACAAUGGAUGCAACGGAGGGCUCAUGGAUUAUGCAUUUGCCUACAUAGCUUCCAGUGGUGGACUCCACAAGGAGGAAGAUUACCCAUAUAUCAUGGAAGAGGGCACUUGUGAGAUGAGGAAGGGAGAAUCGGCGGUGGUAACUAUUAGUGGGUACAAGGACGUGCCCCAGAACAGUGAAGAAAGCUUAUUGAAGGCACUUGCAAAUCAGCCCCUCAGCGUGGCCAUUGAGGCCUCUGGUAGGGACUUCCAGUUUUAUAGUGGGGGUGUUUUUGAUGGUCACUGUGGAACUGAGCUAGAUCACGGAGUGGCAGCCGUUGGAUAUGGAUCAAGCAAAGGAUUGGAUUACAUAACUGUUAAGAAUUCAUGGGGACCUAAAUGGGGAGAAAAGGGUUACAUAAGAAUGAAGAGAAACACUGGCAAGCCUGCAGGAAUAUGUGGAAUCUAUAAAAUGGCUUCUUAUCCCACUAAAAAGAAGUGAUUACAAGGCAUUUGGUUUUCAAUUCUAUAAUUUUACCAUUUUCAGCUCCCAUUCUUAUGGAUAAAACCAAGUAAUGGCUUGAUGUCUUCUGCUUAUAAAUCAAUAAUUUGCUGAACGUUUUGAUA